AUGCCGCCCGAGGACAACGACGUGGGAGCCCCGGUACUCACUCCCGAGGAACUGGGGCUGAUCAAAUUGUGGAUCGAUCAGGGGGCCACGGGUGAAGUCUCAGGUCAAUUGGCCCCCUUGGCGUGGCAACCGCUUCCGGCGGGGAUUAACCCCAUCUAUGCGGUCGCCGUGACUCCCGACGGGCAAUAUGCCGCCUGCGGUCGAGCCAAUCAGAUCUUUAUUUACCACGUGCCAAGCGGCCAACUGGUCGAACGACUGACCGACCCAAAUCUGGUCGAGGCCGGGCUCUACGAAAAUGCCGGCGUCGCACAUCUGGAUAUCGUCCAGUCAUUGGCGUUCAGCCCCGAUGGCAAAACGUUGGCUUCCGGCGGCUAUCGCGUGGUGAAGCUGUGGAAACGCCCCGAUAGCCCCAUGGCCGCUGAGCCGCUAGUUCUGGACUAUGUCCCUCGUCUUACGGCAGUGAGCCCUGGCGGGAAGCUUCUCGCCACAGCGGACGAUGCCGGACAUCUUCGCAUCGUGACACAGGGAGAAGAGUCGAAGUCGGUCGAACUGGUCGGGCAUCAAGGCACCCCGGUCGCCCUGCAGUUUACGCCCGACGGACAGGCUCUCAUCACCGCCUCGGCCGAUGGAUCGUUGCGAGUGUGGAAUUCGACCGAUGGGCGAUUGCAGUCGCGAGUCGAUACCCCGGCACCGAUUGCCGCUAUGAGCCUGAGUGCCGAUGGUCAGCAGAUGCUGGCCGCGGGAGGCGAUGCGAAGUUGCGAGCGCUCUCGGUUCCGAACAGUGGUGUUCGCCAACUACUGGCCGCCACCCAUUUUUCGGUCGCUACCGCCAGCCCAGACGGGAAAUGGCUUGCGCUGGGCAACACCGACGGUUCUGUGCGAACGUUGUCGCUCGGCGAUGGGAGUGAACUCAAGAGUUGGAAAGCCCACGAGGGAGCCGUGACCGCGUUGGCCUUCAGUGCCGACUCCGGCGAGUUGCUUACGGCCUCAGAAGAUCAUCAGUUGAAACUGUGGAAGACCGGUGACUGGAGCCAGACAAGCAGCGUUGAAUUGGCCGAUCGACUUCCUUCGGCCGCUUGUUCUUUGACAGGGACUCGAAAAUUUGCCGUCGGCGAUUCGCAAGGAAGGGUUGCCAUUUGGAAUGCGGACACGAUGGAUGCCCCGGCGGCAUUGAUCGAGGGCGUCGAAUCGGCCGAGCCGACGGCCAAGAUCGUUGCGAUGGCCGCCUCCGGUGAUGCUGCCACGCUCUAUGUCGCGAAUGGGGUCGCGGUGCGAGCAGUCGCUACUGAGAAUGGAGAACAGCGUUACGAGAUUGAUGGGACCGGUGUAGUGAAUGCACUGACCUUAAGUCCCGAUGGAGCUGUGCUGGCCACUGCGGGGCAGGAUCAGAAGAUUCGCCUGUGGAAUACCUCCGAUGGAAAGCCGGCUGCUCAGUCGGUGCUCGCCGGGUUCGAUGCCCCAGUCACGAGUGUUGCCUUCGUGAACUCGGGACAAAUUGUAGCGGGAGCAACGAAUGGGCGUGUACUCGUCCUUGAUGUCGCUACUGGAAUAGCCUCGCAAGCGUUUGCCCAGCACCAGGGUAAUGUGGCAUUCGCCGUUGCCAUUGCCGGCGAGCCACCACAAGCCGUGACGGGUGCGCAGGGGCACAGCUUCAUGCAGUGGCCAAUUCUGCCGCACCACAUCGCUACCUUGCCUUCGGCCAAUGUUGCGGCCUUGGUUCCAUUGACUGGCGAAGGUAUGCACAUGGUGGUUGCCAAUAAGGAAGGUCUCGCUCAACAGUGGGAUCUGCUGGCCGGCACCGUCGUCAAAGAAUACCAGCACGGCUCACCGAUCACCGCUGCGGCAGCUUCCGGUGAUGGUGCACGGUUGGCCACAGCAGGUGAAGACCAGAUAGUGCGGCUGUGGAACAUGGCCGAUGGAGCAGCGCUAGCAGAGGUCCGCGGCGAUCAACGCGCCAACCGAGAGCAAGCCCGCCUGGCCACCAUUGUCAGCGUGGCCAAGACCAAGGACGAUGCCGCAAAGAAGCAACUUGAGGAGGCAAGCAAGACCCUCGAAGAACGAGUGGCGGCACUCGAGACGGCGAACAAAGAACGCGACACAGCAAUUGCAGCAGCUCAAACUGCCCAGGCGACCGACGAGAAGGCGAAAGCUGAAAAGGCUACCGCGGAAAAGUUGGUUGCUGACACCGAUGCGGCGUCCAAGGCUGCCGUCGAAGCCAAAACUGCCGCUGACGCGGUGGUGCAGAAAACUACCGAGGCCGCCACGGCAGCCAUCGAGACAGCCACGGCCGCGGUUACCGCCCACGAUCAACUGGCUGCCGCCCUGCAGUCGGCAACCGCAGCGGCUGAGAAGGCGAAAGCCGCCAGUGAAGCUGCGCCAGAAGACAAGCAACUGGCCACUCUGCAUGCUGCCGCCAACAAGACGCUUGAAGGCGUGAAAGGAUUGAUCGCACCUGCCAUGGAGUCGCGUCAAGCGGCUGAAAAACUGGCGGCGGAGAAGAAGGCCGCCGCAGAUACAGCCGUGGCAAACCAGAAGGCAGCGGAAGCCAAGGUAACCGAAACCGCCGCCGCCGCGAAAGAAGCGGCAGAAAAGUUGGCCGCCGUGACCAAAACUGCUGAAGAAUCGCAAAAGGCGCUGACCGACGCCACGGCAAAGAAAGACACUGCCGAGCGAGCCGCAGGCGACGCUGAGGCAUCCCGCGCCCGUGCAGAACGGCUGCUGGGAACCGCGAAAGAAAAGUCGGCUGAAACGGGGGUGUUCCUCGCGUCGCAAAACGAAUUGGCCGAAGCUGCGAAUCAGGAGGCAAGUGCGGGACAAACUGUGGUGCGUUCGCUGGCAUUCUCACCAGACGGUAAGCAACUUGCCGCUGCCGGAGAAAAUCGCCUUGUACAGACAUAUCGGGCCGACAAUGGCAGCCCAACUGGAGUCUUCUCAGGGCACGAAGCAGCCGUAAAUUCGAUCGAAUUCCUUGAUGCAGGCCGACUGGUUUCUGCCGCUGCGGAUAAGAGCAUUAAAACGUGGGACUUAACCGCCCACUGGACUUUGGCUGGGCAGAUCGGCCCUCCACAGGACACCCCAACCGCAUUCGAGAACUCACCACUUUCCGAUCGCGUGCUGGCGAUCGACUUCAGCCCCGAUGGCAAUUUUCUCAUCACGGGUGGUGGAGAACCUUCGCGUAGCGGAGAGUUGAAACUGUGGAACAUUGCCGAUGGCAGCUCGAAGCAUGAGUUUGUCGAUGCCCAUAGCGACACGGUCUUUGGCGUGGCUUUUUCCGACGAUAGCCGCUACUUGGCCACGGCCAGCGCAGACAAGUUCGUUAAGGUGUUCGAUGUGAACUCCGGUGCUGAGAUUCGUUCGUACGAAGGCCACACGCACCACGUGUUGGGAGUCGACUGGCAAUACGACGGUACGAUUCUCGCCAGCUGCGGUGCAGACAACGUGGUGAAGGUUUGGAACUUCGACACUGGCGAACAGCAACGCACCAUUGGAGGAUUCGGCAAGCAGGCCACGUCGAUCACCUUCGUCGGCCAGGCGGGCGAAACUCUGACCAGUGCCGCGGACAAGACCGUUCGCCUUCACACCGUGGGCGAUGGCAAGAAUAUUCGAAACUUCGAUGGUGGAACGGACUACAUGUACUCGGUUGAUGUCACCGACAACGGCAAUUUGGUUGUGGGCGGAGGGGCCGACAGCGUACUUCGACUAUGGACGAAGGGCGACGGGAAGGCAGUAGCGAGUUUCGCUCCCCCGGAAGAGGGUGGGUCUUCGGAGCAGGAGCAGCUAAUGAAUCGGAUACAGUGCCUUAAGUACCUUUCUGUAGUGGUCGCACUUUGUGCGCUGGUCGCCACACCGGCGGUCGCCGCACCCUACACCUACAACAUCAAUCUAAAUCAGAGCCAAUUGAAUCUGACCGCUGCUGGUUCUGUCCUUGGUGGAGUGCUCAACGUAGAAGAGCAAUUUGCCAACACACCUACCCGAUACCAGGGAACAAUGGUUGCUGAUUUCCCUGCUGGACCCGGUGCAGGCGGAAGCAUUACCUUCCCUGGUGGUAGUUCUGCAGAGGCCGACACUCUACGUGGUCUCUUCAAUUCCCAGCGACAGGUUUCGCCCGGAAUCGGUGGUACUGGUGGAGCGGACCCGGCCAACUAUGGCCUGAUUCUAAAUGCCCCUAUUGACAUCGAUCUGCCAGCGAUUCCGCUGCCUGACCCGAUUGGUUCGAUCGAUCUGGGUGUCCUAGACUCGGUGCAAAUGGACAUCGCUCUGCGUGAAGUCACCUGGGACAUCACCAUGGCGCUUCUGCAAACCGAAAAGGGAAUUGACGCCAAUGGGGAGUUCGACGCAUCGGGAGGCAUCGGCACAGGAGUUCAGCUGGGUCUGACCUCCGGCUUCAUUGACCUCACCGGUUCAUUGGUGUUCCGACAGGACAACAUUAUCAGUUACGGAGCCACGCUGGCUGCUCUCACGGCUUUGGUAGCUGCCGUUCCAGACCUCGGUCUAAGUGUUGAUGGAAAUCCUGACGGCAACAUCUUCACCACGGAGGUUGGUCUGGGAAUUGGUACUAGACUCGACCUGAGCGGCAUCCCGGAUAUUCUGACCUUGCCCAACGGCGCGACUGAUCCCGGCUCGGUGACUUACAACCCGGUGACCGGUGCUUCCACACUCACGUUGCCUGUGGACAUCACGCUGCCCGAUCUCGGCAUUCCGGCCGAUCUGCUGGACCUCGAUCUUAGCUUCAGUGGCCAACUAGUCGGUACGGCGAUUGUUCCCGAACCGUCUUCGAUGGCUCUGGGACUGAUGGGCAUCAUCGGCUUCGUUGUUUACGGAGUCCGACGUCGACGAGCCUAG